CAUGCAGGGCGCAGAGCCGGCAAAGCUCUGCUGAGACUCGGCUCUGCGCGCCCAGGGGCGGCUGAUGCCCCGGCGCUCCCCACUCCGCUUGCCGCAGCCAGGCCGCAUCUGCACCGGGCGCCGCGCGGCGGGGCCGACGCUGGGCCACAAUGCUGCUCGGGGCGUCUCUGGUGGGGGUGUUGCUAUUCUCCAAGCUGGUGCUGAAACUGCCUUGGACCCAAGUGGGAUUCUCCCUGCUCUUCCUCUACCUGGGAUCUGGAGGCUGGCGCUUUGUGCGAAUCUUCAUCAAGACCAUAAGGCGUGAUGUCUUCGGCGGCAUGGUGCUCCUGAAGGUGAAGGCAAAAGUCCGGCGGUACCUGCGGGAGCGGCGGACAGUGCCUGUUCUGUUUGCCUCCACGGUACAGCGCCACCCUGACAAGACAGCCUUGAUCUUUGAGGGCACAGACACCCACUGGAGCUUCCGCCAGCUGGACGACUACUCAAGCAGCGUGGCCAACUUCCUACAGGCUCAGGGCCUGGCCUCAGGCGACGUGGCUGCCCUCUUCAUGGAGAACCGUAAUGAGUUUGUGGGCCUGUGGCUGGGCAUGGCCAAGCUGGGUGUGGAGGCAGCCCUCAUCAACACCAACCUGCGGCGGGACGCCCUGCGCCACUGUCUGACCACUUCCCAGGCCAGGGUCCUCAUCUUUGGCAGUGAGAUGGCCCCAGCCAUCUAUGAAAUCCAUGCCAGCCUGGACCCCUCGCUCAGCCUCUUCUGCUCUGGCCCCUGGGAGCCCAGCACAGUGCCCGCCGGCACAGAGCACCUGGACCCCCUGUUGGAAGAUGCCCCCAAGCACCUGCCCAGUCGCCCUGACAAGGGCUUCACAGAUAAGCUCUUCUACAUCUACACGUCAGGCACCACAGGGCUGCCCAAAGCCGCCAUCGUGGUGCAUAGCAGGUAUUACCGCAUGGCCGCCCUGGUCUACUAUGGAUUCCGAAUGCGACCCGACGACAUCGUCUACGACUGCCUGCCCCUCUACCACUCAGCAGGAAACAUUGUGGGAAUCGGGCAGUGCCUGCUCCAUGGUGUGACGGUGGUGAUCCGGAAGAAGUUCUCAGCCUCCCGGUUCUGGGACGAUUGCAUUAAGUACAACUGCACAAUUGUGCAGUACAUUGGCGAGCUGUGCCGGUACCUCCUGAAUCAGCCACCCCGGGAGGCGGAGCACCAGCACCAGGUGCGCAUGGCCCUCGGCAACGGCCUCCGCCAGUCCAUCUGGACCGACUUCUCUAGCCGCUUCCACAUCCCCCAGGUGGCCGAGUUCUACGGGGCCACCGAGUGUAACUGCAGUUUGGGCAACUUCGACAGCCAGGUGGGGGCCUGUGGCUUCAACAGCCGCAUCCUGUCUUUUGUGUACCCCAUCCGGCUGGUACGAGUCAAGGAGGACACCAUGGAGCUGAUUCGGGGGCCCGAUGGCCUCUGCCUUCCCUGCCAGCCAGGUGAGCCAGGCCAGCUAGUGGGCCGCAUCAUCCAGCGGGACCCCCUGCGGCGCUUCGACGGCUACCUCAACCAGGGUGCCAACAACAAGAUCGCCAAGGACGUCUUCCAAAAGGGGGACCAGGCCUACCUCACCGGUGACGUGCUGGUGAUGGACGAGCUGGGCUACCUGUACUUCCGAGACCGCACGGGAGACACGUUCCGCUGGAAGGGCGAGAACGUGUCCACCACCGAGGUGGAGGGCACGCUCAGCCGCCUCCUGGACAUGGCCGACGUGGCAGUGUACGGUGUCGAGGUGCCAGGAACCGAGGGCCGGGCUGGAAUGGCUGCCGUGGCCCACCCUGCUGGCAGCUGUGACCUGGAGCACUUUGCACAGCUCCUGGAGAAGGAGCUGCCCCUGUACGCCCGCCCCAUCUUCCUGCGCUUCCUGCCUGAGCUGCACAAAACGGGGACCUUCAAGUUGCAGAAGACAGAGCUGCGGAAGGAAGGCUUUGACCCAUCAGUUGUGAGAGACCCACUGUUCUACCUGGAUGGCCGGAAGGGCCGCUACGUCCCGCUGGACCAAGAGUCCUACACCCGCAUCCAGGCAGGCGAGGAGAAGCUGUGAUUUGCCCCUGAGUCCCUCUAAGGGCCAGCGGGUGCUAGAUCCAGAGCCCCAGCUCCCACCCCAGAGGGGGGUCGUGGGCGAUGCCAGACCAAAGCAAGCAGGGCCCAGCACCUCCACCCAAGGUGCUGACCCCCUCCCCCUCAAAACUGCCAAGUGACUCGCUGCCACCUCCCCCUGGCCCCCAGGAGGGCUUUCUGUGAAAGCCUCAUGUCCACGUUAUGUCUUCGAGGCCAGGCGGGGCCUCUGGGCCCCAGGCUGAGAUGGACUGGGCCCCUCAGGAGGAUGUCUUGGGUCAGGGCAGGGGCAGGUGGAGGGCCACCAAGCACUCCCCAGAAAGCAGGGAGCUUGUAAAUGGGACCAGGGCAGAAGCCUCCAGACUCAGGAAGCCAGCAGAGUGGGCAGGGGCUGUGGUGGCUGUUGGUCAGGUGGCCAAAGGGGACCCUGGCCCUGGAGCUGUUCCGGUGUCACUCAGCACUGCCUGCACCUCAGGGAGGAUAGAGGGACCACCCCGACCCGCAGCAGGCAGCCUGGACUGAGCCCCCUCCCCCCAUCCUCCUCUCCCUGGUGGCUGCCUGGCUGGCCCUCAGGUGGGACCUUUCUAUCUGUAGGUCUGUCUAUGUCACUUUCUCCAUCUCAGUUCUGGGCUGGCUAUAAAAGGAGGAGGGGUGGGGUGGGGGGGUCGCUCAGUGGCCAAUAAACUGCCUUGACUUCCCCUAGCCUGUGUGCAUGCCGCCUGAGCUCACCACCCCCCCACCCUGCUCAGGCCCCACCUCCUGCCCAUGGCCCACUCACUUACUCCGACUUGGGGGUAUAGAGGGUAAGAUGUCUUCAGUGAGUCGGUAAGGUAUUUAAUAGUGUGAGCUUUAAAGUCCAGACGAGCUGUGUCACUUCUGAGUUUGUGGCCUAGGGCAAGUGACUCAGUCUCAUCUGUGAAAGGGGAGUAAUCAGGAGGAUUCGGAGAACAAAGGUACCCAUUUUGAGGAAAAGGCUGUUCAGAGCCUUUGAAGGAGAAAACCCUAACCCAGGGCAGGACUCCAUCUCUGGACUCUAGCCAGUGCUGUUCCCCUUGCCUGGGGUGCCUUUCUCCAGGGGGUCGGUGGCUGCACAAGCCAGAGCGGGGCUGCCUGACCAGCUUGGGCAGAGCCCAGGAGGGCUUCCUGGAGCGGUGUUAGCAGAGCUGCAGCGUCAGCCAUGCUGGUGGAGAGCCGGCUGUCUCCUAGGCCCCAUCGCUGGAGUCACACCCAGGCUGGAAACGAGUGGCCCAUUGGGAAAGAGGUCCAACCCAUCCCACGGCAGUGGGCAGUGUGUGCCCCUGGGGCUUUAUCUUCACUGUUUGACCCCCACCACUGUCUGUCAUUUGCUGAGGUUACAACAGCAGUGGAGACGGGACGCUGGAACGCAAACCCAAGCCCCUCUUGCUUCCUGCUGCCCCACCCGCCUCCCCGUGCAGAAGGCAAUGGGGAAAACCAAAGGAACUUCCAUUCCUCCCAUGCCUGUGGAGCCAACUGUGGGCCCGCCCUAGGCUUGCAGCUGACAGCCAGGGUGGAGGCGGGCCAGGAUGAGGUCCGGGGUGCCUCCUAGGGAGUGACCUUGAAAGAGGAAUCUGAUGCUGCUCAGGGGAAAGUAGGGGGCAGAGCUGGAGUUAGGGCCCUUGGAGAAUGGUGCUGAGGGGGCUUAGGGAGCGGGUGGUAGGCAUGGCUGCAGUGUCCUGUUGUGGCCAGCAGAGGGCAUGCAGAGCUCAGAGCUAAGUCCUUCUUGGCCCUUAGCCUACAAAAGGGGAAAGGAGGGGCUGGGAGUCCCCACCUCAUCACCAGGCAGGUACCCAGCCCAGAGCACACUCCGUGACUGGUCUUUGAGGGCCCAGGGUCAGACUGCCAUGGCUGGUCCUGGCUGACAGCUUUGUGUCUAACCCUUAGCAGUGAGUGCUUUCCAAUGGGAUAGCACUGCCACCAACCCAGCCAGGAGCCCCUAUUCCUUCCUGGAGAUUGAAUGCAGUCACCAAAUGGCAGUAUGGAAUGGUGGUUAACAGCUCCAGCUCGAACAGGCAGGUGCUCAAGUCCAUUUUGCAGGCUAAGCCUCUGAUUCUUCUGCAAAUAGAGAUUUAGGGUAGUUGUGAAAAUGCAUUGUGCCUGGAGGUCUCUUAUCUCCGGGUCUGGUGCCGAUAUCUGCUCGGUACAUAGCAGUUACAGGGUAAAAAAGGAAAAAAGAUGUAAGUCAGGUGUCAAGACCCCAGACUAGGCCUGAGUUUACGACUUCCACACUGCUCCCCCCACCCUCUCCCCCGGGGAAGGGCCUAGGGAGCUCUCCCAUCUGCCUCUGGUCAUCUUUGACCAUGGUCACGGGAGUCCCCAUGCAUGCAGUAGCUUCUCGAUAUGUGCUUGUGAAUUUAACGAUAGCUACUGUUUAUUGGGCAUUUCCUGAUGUUUAUAUGCUGUUUCACGGUUUACAAAGUACUGUGUUAAGUUCAUCUGUGGAGCAGGUUCUAAAGGCCUCCUCAGGGCAGGGGGCAGAAGCAGUGAACGGUGAGCAAGACAAACCUGGGUGCCCACUGUUGGAGAGAGGGAGCUGGCGAGGUAGACGGUGGGUAGUUAGCUGCACCGAACCCAGCAUGCUGGCCAGGUAGGCAAUCACGUUUCAUGGUCAGAGAGGCUUUGCAAGGAAGAGUUCUCCAAGACGUGGAGGAAGAAGAGUAUCCCAGACAGAAGUAGCAGCAAAAUGUAGAGGCCUGCAGGGCGGAUCUCGGAAAGUGGGGAGGCUGCAGGGGAGUGUGGGUCCGCCGUGGAGUAGGGUUGAAGCAAAGUAUGAAAAAUGAGUCCUUUGUGAGCACUCUUACUUGCACACUUCCAGAUGGUGGGGGCUCUGCCAGUAGGUCCCUUAUCCCUCCUUGGGUCACACCCACUUCCCUCGACUUGCUAAUGGCCACCACGUAUGGAUCCCGUCCCUUGCCAGGCACUUUGCAACGCGCUUUGUGUGCAUCGGUUUGUUAAACCGGUAAGGAAAAGCAGCUACUAUUUUUAUCCCCAUUCCGCAGAUGAGGAAUAUGAGGCUCAGGGAGGCAAAGUCUCGCCAAAGCCCAGUGAGCCUGUGAAUGGCAGCGCUGGGAGGCCAAGCCCCUUCCUGGAGCCUCAGUGUUCCCAUCUGCGACAAUGCGGGGCGGGGGGGAGGCUGGAAGGAGCCGGCCCCAAGCAUCCCCGGAGGUCCUACCGCCCUCAGGACAGGCAAGUGGCCGACUAGGCCAGUGCUUGGAGUAUCACUUUCAAUUCCUGGGAAGGAGGUUAAAUACCUCCGAGGGGCCCAUUGAGGCGGUGGCGGCAAGGCAGGGGGUGACCAAGUGACUUUCAAAGGGGCCUGAAUGCGUGGCCGACCCCUCCCCCCAAGGAGGGGGCCCUGCUUCCUCCCAGCCUAAUGAUAUUCAGGGCUCAGCCCUCGUCUUUGGCGGCAGUUUAACCCGAGCCGGGGCGGAUUUCUUUCUCACUGAUCUCAGCUUGACACCCAAUUAGCACAAGAAUGGGAGGAGGAAGCCUGCGAGAGGCGCCUCCCAGCCUCCCGGGGCGCAAGAGGGGAGCCGGCUGGAGACAAAGGGCAGCAGGCAGGGGGGCACCCGCGCCCUCGCCUCCCCCGCAGACCCCUCCUUUGUCUCCCUAGGAGCUUCUGAGGAGACGGAGGCCGAGCCCGGGCUGGCCGGCCUGCUGGAGGAGACAGGGGAUGGGGCCCAGGCCCCUCUUCUGCGUGGAUCCCAGGGAAGGGCAUGUGGGUGAGCCUGACCCAAUGGGAGGCAGUGAGGCUCAGUGAUGCUGAAGGCGCUACGACCUGGGGUUGAGGCCUGACACUUAGGAGCCCUGGGCAAACCACUGGUUCUGAGCCUCAGUUUUUCUCAUUUGAGAAAUGGGGAUAAUGGUAGUCUCGGAGCAGUAAAUCAGGUAGUGUGCAUGUAAAGCACCUGGCAGGUGCAAAGUGGGUAUUCAAUAAAUACUUUUUUUAAAAUA